AUGCAAACUUCAAGUUCACAGUCGGGCAUAGGGUCUUUGAGAAGUAACUACUCAGAGACUUCACUGCCUGACGAUAGAGUUAUAAUGCACGGCGAGCAUAGCAGUAGCAACUCACACAGCGAGCGCAACAACUAUGAUGAUGAAAAGGCCAAUCUUAAAACUGCAGUGUCGAAUGAUCAUAAACACGAAGACAACCAAAUUAAUAGAUUGAAGAGUAAUGACUACGUUGUUCCCAAAAACGAACGUAGAGGACUGUUACCUCAACUUGCUAUUGUACCGGAGUUCAAAGACGCUAGAGAUUAUCCACCUAAGAUGAAGAAGAUGAUCGUGUUUUUAAUUGCAUUUUCCUCCAUGAUGGGCCCCAUGGGUACAUCGAUAAUUUUUCCUGCCAUAAAUGCAAUUACAACUGAGUUCAAAACGUCAGUGAUUAUGGUGAACGUUUCAAUCGGUGUGUAUCUAUUGAGUCUUGGUGUCUUCCCGUUAUGGUGGUCUUCUCUCUCCGAGUUGGAAGGUAGAAGAACUACCUACAUUACUUCUUUUGCGUUAUUAUUUGCAUUCAAUAUCGGGUCUGCUCUGGCUCCUGAUAUUAACUCAUUUAUUGCUCUGAGAAUGCUUUGUGGAGCUGCUUCUGCCAGUGUCCAAAGUGUGGGCGCUGGGACAGUUGCUGAUUUAUAUAUCAGUGAAGACAGAGGAAAGAAUUUGAGCUAUUAUUAUCUGGGCCCACUACUAGCGCCACUAUUGUCUCCAAUUUUUGGUUCUCUGUUAGUGAAUCGCUGGCCUUGGAGAUCUACUCAGUGGUUUAUGGUCAUCUUAUCUGGGUGUAAUGUCAUUCUUUUGACCGUCCUACUACCCGAGACAUUAAGAAAACAAGACUCGAAGGGCGCUAUUGCUCGAAUUUUAGCUGAAAGACGUAUUCAAGUAGACCAUAACGAGCAUGGAGAGAUUCAAGAAAACUAUCAGAGAGAAGAAGAUGAAGCUGACCAAAUUGGAAAGCAAGCUUCCAGAUUAUCUACUGAAAAGCAAAACUAUGUUGGAGAAAUCAGGGAUCAAGAUUCGUUAGAUCUAGAAAGUCCUUCUAGCCACGUUCCUUAUAAUGGACCAGAAAGGGAAAACCAAUUGCAGCGGAUUUAUACCGAGGCAAGUAGAAGCAUAUAUGAAUACCAAUUAGAUGAUAGCGGUAUUGACGCAACGACGGCACAAGUUACAAGAAUAAGGUCAACAGAUCCAAAGUUAGCAAGAUCAAUUCGAGAAAAUAGCUUGAGAAAGUUACAAACCAACUUGGAAGAACAAGUCAAAAAUGUGCUAUCCAAUAACGGGACUGAAAUUGCCCCUAAGAAUAUAUCAGCAGCUAGAAAAGUUUGGGACAUCUUUUUUAUUUAUUUUGUCAAACCGUUAAAAUCACUAUACUUCCUACAAUACCCUCCCGUGGCACUUGCAAUAACUUUUUCGGCAAUUUCCUUUUCUACCGUAUACUUUGUCAAUAUGACGGUGGAAUAUAAAUACUCAAGACCUCCUUACAACUUUAAACCAUUAUACAUUGGUCUUCUCUAUAUUCCAAAUUCUGUAACUUACUUUUUCGCCUCUAUUUACGGUGGACGUUGGGUAGAUAUGCUUUUAAGGAGGUACAAGGAGAAAUAUGGAAUUCUUGCUCCUGAAGCCCGUAUAUCAUGGAAUGUUGUCACAUCUGUCAUAUCUUUUCCCAUUGCGCUAUUGAUAUUUGGUUGGUGCCUAGAUAAAAAAUGCCAUUGGGUAACACCACUAAUUGGAACAGCCCUUUUUGGGUAUGCCGCUAUGAUGACAAUCGGGGCUACUCUUUCUUAUCUAGUCGAUUCCUUGCCAGGAAAGGGUGCCACAGGCGUCGCUUUGAAUAAUCUAAUCAGACAGAUCUUGGCGGCAACUGCUGUAUUUGUCACUACACCCAUGCUAAACGGCAUGGGAACUGGUUGGGCUUUCACAUUGCUAGCCUUUAUCGUAGUGGGUGCCAGUAGUGUACUUGUAGUAUUGAAAAAACAUGGUGAUUACUGGAGGGAGAACUACGACUUACAAAAAUUAUAUGACAAAAUUGAUUAA